AACGGUUACGUGAAAAAUGGAUUUUCAAUCAUUUCAUUUCUUAUUUGCAUAUUAAUUGUCAAUACUUUGCUCUAAUAAGAGGGUCUAGAAUCAAUUUUUUUUUUUUUAGUUCAUAAAUAAUAAUAAUUGAAAUAAUUACUUCUUUUCGCUUUUAUUUUAUUUUUUUAUUAUUAUUAUUAAACCAUGUCAAGUUACAAUAGUUCAUUGAAAAAGAAUCAUAAAGGCUUACAUAUCUUGAUUGUGGAUGAUAAUCCGAUUAACAUCCUCAUUUUAAAAAAGAGUUUGGACAGACUACUUGACACGGUGCAUAUCAAAGAAGCGUCGAAUGGGAUGGAAGCCCUUCAAUUAUUAAACAAGUAUGUAUUCGACCUUAUCUUGCUCGAUAUCGAUAUGCCUCUUUUAAAUGGUAUUGACACCACUAAGUGUAUACGCAAUCAAGGUCAAAUGAUACCCAUUAUUGCUGUAACGACCAAUGAUUCUCUCGAGUCAAGAGAUAAUUAUAUCAAAAUUGGCAUCAAUGAUUGUCUUGGUAAACCUGUCGAUCUUCAAUUGCUGGAAAAGGCCCUCUUUUUGUUACUGUAAUAAACACACACUUGUAAAAUAAAUAAAUAAAUCCUAUUCGUCUUUUCCUCU